AUGCGGCACACUUUAAUCUGGAUUUACGCUGUACUUCUGUUAAUCAACAUGAACGUGUCUAGUCAAAGUAAGAUUGUGUUUUCCUCUCGAAAUUUUGAGACUGACAGAGGGUUUACUGGAGAGGAAGAUGACGAUGGUGUGUCAGUGACAUUCACCGCUGCUAGUGUGUUGGACAGCAAGCUCACUCAGGUCUUCUUCCCAAUUGUGUACAUCAUCGUCUUCAGUGUGGGCUUGCCAACCAAUACCAUGGCCAUCUGGGUCUUCCUUUUUAGAACCAAGAAGAAACACCCUUCAUCCAUCUUCAUGGCCAACCUAGCACUGGCGGACCUACUAUUUGUCAUCUGGAUUCCUCUAAAGAUCGCGUACCAUUUCAAUGGGAAUAACUGGAUCUACGGAGAAGCCCUGUGCAAAGUGUUGGUGGGGUUUUUCUACGGGAACAUGUACUGUUCUACCACUUUUAUUACGUGCAUCAGUGUCCAGAGGUAUUGGGCCGUAGUACAUCCUCUUUCCCAGCAAAAGCGGAAUAACAAAUUGGCGGUGGGUGUGUCUGUGUGUGUGUGGUGUGCUGUGUGGCUUAUCACCGUGCCUCUUUAUCUUUACGACCAGACUGUGAUGGUCAACAACCUUAACAUCGCCACCUGCCAUGAUGUCACACGCCCCAGCCAAUCACUCUACCCUACUAUCUACUUCCUGACUAUGGGCGUUGUAGGAUUUAUAGUUCCCAGCAUAGUGUGCAUAGUGGCAUACAUACAGAUGCUACAUGCUCUCAAAAGCUCUAUGACGGACACCAACAUUGUUCAGAAGCGGAGAAAGGCUAUUAUCCUCAUCGUCACUGUACUGGUAAUGUUCCUGGUUUGUUUCACACCCAGUAACAUCAUGGUUAUGGUGCACUACUGCCUGUUGUCAGCUGGUGUGAAGGAUGGUGGUUACGGCUUCUACAUCACUAUGCUAUGCCUGGCCAGUCUCAACAGCUGUGUUGAUCCGUUUAUGUACUAUUUCAUCUCCGAUGAGUUUAGGGAACAUGUCAGAAACAUAUUUCUAUGCCGGAGCGAACGCACUGCGCAGAGGAUACGGGUGUCAUUUAGCAUACUGAAGUAUUCUAAGAAAAGCAGUAACUACACGUCAGACUCCGCAAAUACACAGAGCAGCUCCUACUAAGAUUUAACUUCAGAGACGACAAGCGGUUUUAAAGGUCUAUGCAGUGAUACCCAGACAUAGACCACUAGAAAACUACUAUGACCUCUCAUUAAUGAUAUUAUAAACUGACAACUUUAAUGCAAGGACAGAUUUCAGAAAUGUGCACUGAAUUGUAUUCAAAGAAUACUCUGGGUCCAAUGCACGUUAAAGGGAUAGUUCACCCAAAAAUGUAACAUUUUAUUUAAAAAAAAAUUUUUUAAUUCCCUCAUUUAAUCACCCUCAUGCCAUCCCAGAUAUGUAUGAAUUACUUUCUUCUGCUAAACACAAAUUAAGAUAUUUAGAAGAAUAUUUCAGCUCAAGUGAAUGGGUGCCAACAUUUUGAAGCUUCAAAAUCCACAUAAAAGUAAUCCAUAUGACUCCAGUGGUUAAAUCCAUAUAUUCAGAAGUGAUAGGUGUGGGUGAGAAACAGAUAAAUGUUUAAGUUCUUAUCUAGUAGUUAAGUUUUUAUCAUAAAGUCUCUUUCCUGUCCAGCAGGGGGCAAUAUGCACAAAGGAUGUGAAUCACCAAAAACAGGAGAAUGUGAAGGAAAAAGGACUUAAAUAUUGAUUUGUUUCUAACCCACACCUAUCAUACUGUUCUGAUGAUUUAAUCACCAGAGUUGUCUGGUGGUUAAGCACUUUUGUGCUGCCCUUAUGUGGAUUUUGGAGCUUUGACAUUUUGGCACCCAUUCACUUGCAUUGUAUGAACCAACAGAGCUGAGAUAUUCUUCUAAAAAUAUUUGUGUUUGCUGAAGAAGGAAAGUCAUGCACAUCUGGGAUGUCAUAAGGGUGAGUAAAUGAUGAGAGAAUUUUCAUUUUUGGGUGAACUGUCACUUUAAGCUCAAUAGACAACAUUUGUGGUAUAAUGUUGACAAAAAAAAAAAAAGAAAAAAACGUCCCUUGGUUGCUUAAAAAAACAAAAGAGGUAAGAAUUGCAAUUACAGUAAGGCACUCACAAUGCAAGUGAACGGGGCCACUAUAUAAAUGUGAAAAUAUACAUUUGUUUCAAAAGUAUAGCCACAAGUUGUAAACUUGAUGCGUGAUAAGACUUAUGUGCGAUAAAAUCACUUACUAACCUUAUCAGUGUAACAUUAUAUCCAAUAUUACAACUUUGUUGCCAUGACGAUGCAACGCCAGUAAACCCUAUUAGAAUUUUUAUCACAUUGUAAUAAUUUAGAACAGAUUUUAUUACACCAAAAUCAUGUUAACAGACAUAAUGCUUAAAUGAUGUGGCUAUACUUUUGAAGCAAUGUAUAUUUGAACAUUUAAGAACUGGCCCUUUAACUUUGUAAGUGCCUUACAAUAACUGCAAUAUUUGUAUUUUUCAUGCUAAUCAAUAUUAUGCUACCAAUGUUGUCCAUUGAGCGUAACUUGUAUUGAACCCGGAAUUUUUACUUUAAGUGGAGUAUCAUCGCUCAAUUGGGUCGAGAUAAGUUUAUCUUUGUCCUUGAAAACGACUUUGUUUGUUUUAUUUGAAUGUCCUGCUUGGGUAAAUAAUUUAAUCUUGCCCAUGUGUAAAUGCCUUAUGAUCAUAGAAGGAAAUCCAUUAAGGUUUUAAAACAGCACUUCCUUGGAACUCCAAAUUAGCCUCUUGUAUGGCAACACCGUCACCAUGGAAAUACUGGAUAGUGUUGUCUUUAUUUUGUUUCCCAUUACAUAGUUACAGGGUACUUAUGUUAGGAUUGGAGACCUGGAAUUUUGUCAGAUUAGGGAGCUUAACCUGAACUGUGAAACAGAUUCAGGGUUUUUGUUUUCAUCAUCUCCAUUGUUUUGUUUGUUCAUGUUCUAAGUAUCGUCUCUCCGAUGACCUUUAGUCUAGAUCAAAGGAAGUACACUAGAACACCUGUUACUGAAACCAUUUUACAUUCUCAUUUACAUAAAUGGGUGUUUUAUGUAUCUUAUAAGGAGCGUAAAAGCAUGUGAGAUGUGUGAAUCACUCAAUACGUGACCAAUUUUAGACAUGUGAAUGUUUGCAUUAAACAACAAGCAUAACCUUAUUGGUAGCACCGUUCACUGAUUUAUAUGCAUAAUCUUAUGAGGAAUUUUUUUGUU